UAGUGGUGUGUUUCUUGAUGGAAGUGCUGAGGAAGUCAGUUGACAAGUUUAAAGGUUAAAAAGUGUUGUAGAUGUGUGCGAAGGCUGUGACUUUGUCAUUAUGUCAGAUAAAAACUCCACAAGAAUAAUGAAGUCCUCAUCUGAAGGUGAAAUACUUGACAGGGAAGAAACACAGUUAAUAAAUGAGGCUGCCGAUUUUACUAGAGCGAACUCUUAUGCAGAGCCGAAGUUAAAACGCACCUUCACUCUUCCUAGGAAUCUUUUGUCGUCGAGAAUGAGUAAAAGAAGAGCUAAACAUAAAGAAGGUAAAGAUGUCAGUGCCUCAAAUGCGCAGACAAUUUCGGAAGUGCAAAAUACGGAUGCCCAAAAGUCAAAUAAAAAAGUGUUUAGAGUUCCUUCAUGGAAGAAGUUUAUAAACAAAGUGGUGCAUCAUAUGUCGACCGUAGGUGUUCCAAAUAAUAAAUAUGUGAGUGUUAAUUAUAAAUAUGACAGGCGUAGACGAGAUACUGUAUCGCUAUCGUCAUCUGAUAUUAGGGUACCACCGACUCGCCCCGCCCACCUUGCAAAUCUGGUAAACAGUGACAAGGUCCCCGGUGUAACAGGACUACGAAACCAUGGGAAUACGUGUUUUAUAAAUGCAGUUCUUCAGUGCCUCAGUCAUACCGAUAUUUUAGCUGAAUAUUUUGUUCUGGACCAAUACAAAGUUGACCUCUCCCGUAGGAAUAAGUUGAAUUCAAAAAAAUAUGGCACGAAAGGUGAAGUAACAGAACAGUUGGCCCUUCUCCUAAAAGCUAUUUGGUCGUGUCAGUAUGACCCCGAGAUCACCAACCAAUUCAAGAUAGUUGUCGACAAAUAUGGUAGUCAGUAUAGAGGUAACAAUCAACACGACGCCCAGGAAUUUCUUCUGUGGUUGCUCGAUAAAGUGCAUGAAGAUCUCAACACGGCGACGAAGAAGAAAUACAAGAUUAUUAAGAACUCAUUUGGUCGACCAGAUGAGGUAGUUGCUGCUGAAACAUUGGAAAACCACAUUCGCUGCAACAACAGUUUCGUGCACGCUGUGUUCCAAGCUCAGUUUAGGUCAUCACUAACAUGCCCACGCUGUAAACGGCAGAGCAACACAUUCGACCCGUUCCUCUGUGUAUCUGUGCCUGUACCGCAAAACCAGACGAGGCCCGUGUACGUCACGGUGCUGUACACUUCGCAGCAGCCGAGACAGGUGAAAUUAGGUGUCUCUCUCCCGGCUCACGCAGAAGUACGAGAAUUGCGUGAGCUGUUGGCAUCCGAUACAUGCAUCUCUGAGAACCACAUGCUGCUCACAGAAAUAGACGAUUUUGGCUUCCAUCGCACGUUUUCAGACACUCAGCCAGUGUCGAUAAUUAAGGAGACUGACCCUGUAUACUGUCUGGAGCUGCCACAGCUGAAAGAAGCGACAGAGGACAGCGGCGCCUACAUCCUCCUGUGCUGGGUCAACUUGCUCGUUGUCGAUGAUCAAUGUGCGAGGUUUAGCAGUCCAUACACAAUGCAAGUUGGUCGUGAGACAUCUUACAAAGAUCUUCAGAAACUGAUCCUGAAAGAAAUGAACACAAUUCUUCAUGAUGAUGUUCUUGUCAAUUCACAGGAUAUUCCUCUGUUCCGCAUGCGCAUUGUUGAUGGGCUGGGAGGUUCACCUACGUUCCUGGAUCCCCUGCUCGACCACCCACUGUACAUGGAGGCUGUAGAUCAAGCACUUGCCCUGUGUGAGAAGGAAGCAGGGCCUCCUCAUCUGAAGCUCGUUUUAGAGUGGGAUCUCCAGGCCAAGGACAGCACAAUUGCUGAUGACAGUGACCAAAUGGAAGAACUUGCCAGUGUAAAGCAGCUGAAGAUGAGUACAGAGCAGGGCGGAACUGUCAGCCUGGAGGAGUGCUUUGAGUUGUACACACGAGCAGAAGUGCUGAGCGCUGAAGAUGCCUGGCAUUGCCCAUACUGUAAUCGCAAGCAAGAGGUAGUCAAGAAGUUGGGUCUGUGGUCUCUGCCAGAUAUUCUUGUGAUACACCUAAAACGUUUCAGACAGCAAUCCAAGCAGAGGUCUACAACAAAACUGACAACGCUGGUCGAUUUCCCUCUAUAUGGGUUCGAUAUGAACCCUCACCUGGCUGACCGACCAAACGGCCCUCCUCCUCAAAACCUGUGUUCACCGGGUGGUGGUGUCCUCGGCGGUCUCGGCUGGUCUCCAUGGAAACGGCCUCGUCGCACUCCCAACCGACCGGAUGACAAUGUGUACGAUCUGUACGCAGUGUGCAACCACCAUGGCCAAGAUCCCCAGGGUGGCCAUUAUACAGCUUUCUGCCGGAACCCAUACGAUGCCCAGUGGUACUGUUUUGACGACACUCGUGUGGAGCCCGUCUCCGAGACGAGUAUAGUGACAUCUGCUGCCUACAUCCUGUUCUACCAGCGCCGGGGACUGAGCACGGGUUCCUACUCGGCCAGCUCGGCUGCAUCCACCAGCUCGUCGGGCUCUGGGCUUGACCAUUGGGUCUAUCGGAUGCCUGCUUUCAACCACUCCAUUAGCCGCUCUCAGGAAGACCUCUCCAACAAAGAAUCGGAAGAAAAUGCUGCGCCAAAUUUCACUCGUGGUGCUCGUAACUACUCGACGCUGCAACCGCAACCGACAAACAAGCGUUCAGUGGCCACGGAGACGGAAGCCGACCAUUACUCUGAUGAGGGUGCGCCACUUGCCUCUCCCAGGAGUGACUGGCCGAAGGAAGAGCAGAAAUCAGCUGAGAACGAGGUGCCAGUAGAAGUGACACAGAAGGAGUGUGCUGAAGACCAGAGGCAGGAUGUAUCUUGUGAAGCUGGAAUCCCCCCACCCCCACCCCCACCGAGUGCAGAUGUCCAGCCGCCUACAGUUGUCACGGAGUCGUGUGUGUGACAGGAGGAGGACUUCGUUUUUCCUCACAUCACACUGCUGGCAUCGUUUCCCUGUUUCACAUUAAACAUAAGUUUCUAUAAGCAGAAGACACUUGUACAAUCUGCUUCGAGGCUGCUGUGAGGACUUUUAUGUGGGCCUGAAAUUGCUCUGUUAAACAGGGAAACAAACCAUUACACCUAAACCGUUACUCGUCAUCGGUUAUCGUGUUAUAGGCUUCUCAUUACGUGGCAUAUUUGCUUUAAUGGCAGUUACCUCACUGAAUUCCAAAGUACAACUAUCAUGAAGUUCUAUUUUAGAUGCCUCUCAAAAGUAAUACUGAAUGCAUAUCAUGAUGUAUUUUCAAGUGUAAUAUUCCUAUUGCACAGUUGUUUAUAUUUCAAGAUCUGUAUAUGAUGUAGUGCAGUUACAGACUUUUGUAAGUAUGAAAAUGAUACAAAGUAAACAUUUAGUUUGGAAUACAGAGGAGAUUCUUUAACAAUGUUUCAGGUCAUUAUAGAGAUGCUACUUGAACAUGGAUCAUAUUCCACAGUUUGUUUUGAUAUUUGUACUGCAGAGAAAAAGCUCUUCAGCUAAUACAUUAAGAUCAGAUUAAUUGUGGCUUUCUAAAAUUUAUUCAUUUUUUUUUAAAAGCAUGUCAGCCAUUUGUAAAUUGAAGCAGAAAAUCAAUUUAGAGGCGCUAAAAUGUUAGCAGUUGAGCUGGUGACUUACUUAAGGUAAUUUCUUGGUGCAGUUUAUGGAUGGCUGGUUUACAUGUUCUGAAAUUAGCAGUGUGUUUGGAGAUACUUGCACCAAUAUUGAUGCACUUCAUCCAUAAAAAAAUUAGUUCAGACAAGAAUUAUUACCUUCAUUUUGUUAACUUUUUAAUCAAUUUAUAACAUACUGAUGGAAUGCCGAAGAUUUUUUUGUAGAUUUUAUAAACAAUGCAGACAAAUGUGACUUAGUCGAGUAACUGAAACCAUAACCACCUAUCAGAAACUGAUGCAACAGUUGUGUACUGGAAUUUUCAACUAUCUGUUAUUGUGAUUAAGUUACCCUUGGGAGGGGGGGGGGGGGGGUAGCAAGUGAGAGAAAGAGAGAGAUUAUAAUUCAGAAACGUGGAUUGAAAAAAAAAAAAAUAGGAAGAUGAUGCAAGUGAUGGCAGCUAACCGAAGAUGUAUCGAAAUUAACCAAAUGCUGUUGCAUUUGUAUUUCUGUAAGGGAAUUUGUUUAUGGUGUCAGGUAUUUUGUAAUGAGGACAUUAAUGUAUCUUUCUUAGAAAUUUUUUUUUGUGUUACAGAUUUUUAUUUUUGCAAUAAGAGGCAUAUGUUUUGUUUUACAUACAUGUAGCAAGAAAUGUAAUUUAUUGUCGAUUACAAGUUUUGUCAAUGUCAAUAAACAGAAACUUUAUUACCUGGUAUAGUAUACCUCAUAUUAUCAAAAAUUUCAGAAAUUUUCAUGGAAAGUGUAUUAAUAUUUCUCAGCAUUCAUAUAAAAUACUGAUUAUUUGUUUUACAUGUUUGAAAUACUUGGUGUUGUUUACAUAUUUAUAUUAUCAGUUGCACUUAAAUUGUCAUGGGUGAAAUUACACAUAUUUAAAAAGAAGUCCUUGACUAAAGUAAUGUAGCUUAAGACAAAAAAUCAGCUCUCCCACAUUAAAAAAAGAAAGAAAGAAAAAAAAAUACAUUGGCCUACACAAAAUCUGCACUCCCCCCUGCCACCUCCCAAGAAGGAGGGUGAUACAAGCUUUGAAGAAAAGUAAUUAAUACCACCUCUCCUACCCCUCAGCCCCAUUCUUCUUAUCCUCCUGAUCAAUAUUCUUUUAUCUCCACAUCUUGUGCACAAGAUCUGAUAACUCAUUGUUUUCUUCCACUUGGUACUGUACUCCAGUUUCACAUCAAUAUAAGUAGUUCUGUUGUCCAACAAUUUUUCUGCAGUUACUUUGCAACAAGUACACAUUCAUUUAUAAUUUAAAAUGGCAUAUGAUCAUAAGACAUUUCACAGAAUUUAACUGUAAUGUCUAUUACGUAAAACACAACACAGUAUUACACAUGUGCAAUCAGAAACACCAUUCUCCCCUACCUUUUCAUGGGGCUCUGAAUGUGACAGUUACUUUGUAAGUUCUACAUAGCCAAGCAAGAUAAUGAGUUCUUUUGUUUUGCAAAUGAACAUCCCUUCCUUGUGAGAAAGAGAGGAAAAAAUGGAAACAAAAUUUGUGGGAAUAGAAAAAAUGAAGGGUGAGUCACAAUUGAGAGAAAUAGAUGGGAGAGUCAUGACAGUAGGCUUAAAAUGUUUUUCAGUGGUCUUUUGGUUGGAUAAUUGCACAUUGAUGGCAAAUAAAUUAUGUAUCAAUUCCUGAACGAUAUCUUUUAACAUUUCAGUGUGUCACGUCCUUUAAUUCACAACUCUUGAAAAAUGAAAUUGAAUACUAAGAGAUUGACAUUUUCUGUCCCUGUUUUUAUGACAUUACAUUUUUUGUACACACUUAUUAUUUUUCUUUGCUUGGUCAUGAAACUCAACAUUAUGUGCCAUUUAGACCUUUAAAGUGAACAAGUAGUAUGUUUGCAUCAGAGACAUAUUUAUUUCUCCCCAAUUUGUGUAGAGAAGUGUAUAAUUUAUUGUUGAUUCUGAAAUAGUGAACACUUCUGGCAACUGGAACCUGUAAUGAAACCACAUGUUUGUUGUCAUUAGUCAUUCUGGAAACACGACACUGGCAGAUCUGUGCUCAUGAACUUCACGGUGUACAGUAGAGAUAUCUAAGCUGCCCUCUUUUCUUAUCCUAACAAUCUGGUAUGGUUCAUGUCAUCAACAAAACUGAUGUUUCACUUACUGGAGCACAGUCAGCCAAAAUUUUCUAUAAUUUUUCUGUGUAUUAUUGUGUUGUGAUGAGAUGUUGGGCAUAGUUGGCCGAAUGAUGUAAAUAUUUGUAAAUAAAUGUAAAAAGACAUGUAAUUAAUUUGCUGAUGAUACCAGUUAGUAAUUACUGAUUUAUUUCUUAGUGUGAGCUAUACAUUUUGCGUUCCAUGGUGAUUGCAUCCAAAGUAUUAUACAACUAGUAUCAGCUUGUGAUAUACGUUAUUUGCCUCUCAGUUUUUGGUAUAAUUAGAUGAGACAUGCUCAUAUGCCAUCAAAUUGCAUCACCUAAUUAAUUGAUGUAUCAGUCUCCCAUCACACACUUGCAUAUAAUUUUGGCACUUGAUGCUGCAAUCGUCUUAUGACAUGUAACAUUCCAAGCCAGUUGGACAUAAAUGUAAAAUGUCAGAGAAAAAAUUUAUUUCUUUUAGAACACUACUUAUCCUUAUCAUCUCAUUGACUUGCACCAGAUAAUUUGACAUUCUGCUACUUCCAGCAGCAUGAUUACCACUGACUGUUUGUUCCACAACAAUAUUAGUCCUCAUAGUUCAUAGGCAUACUGCAAUAUCCCUUGUCUCUAUCUUUAAAGUUUUUUGUGGACUGUGUCUACACCAUCUUUUAUUUCACGUUUUAUCUGCAUCUUACAAUGCACACUAUUUAAAACACAUUAUAUGGUUUUGCUUUCUAAUUAACACAUUGCUUUCAUUUUUGCCCAAGCAUCCGUUUCCACGAUAAUCAACCAGCUGUUUGAGACAUUGAUAUUAUUGCAUUACUUCUUAGCUUACUAGUGAAGAGAAAUUUACAAUUUUGUAAACUGUUCAUUCAGUAAUUCAUGAUUUUCUUUACCGAGUGAGGUGGCGCAGUGGUUAGACACUGGACUCGCAUUUGGGAGGACGACGGUUCAAUCCCGCGUCCGGCCAUCCUGAUUUAGGUUUUCCGUGAUUUCCCUAAAUCACUCCAGGAAAAUGCCGGGAUGGUUCCUCUGAAAGGGCACGGCCGACUUCCUUCCCCAUCCUUCCUAAUCUGAUGAGACUGAUGACCACACUGUCUGGUCUCCUUUCCCAAACAAACCAACCAACCGUGAUUUUCUUUAAUUUUUUGCAGUCAAAGUGGAAAUGUAAUGCGCAGGCUUUUAGCUGUUGUCUUCCUUUGCUCUUUUGCACCUUUAUGGCCCUAUCUUCUGAUUAUUUGUCACUAGACCUGAAUUGUUCUUCCUGGUGUUUUUCCCACACACAUUGCACCUAUGACAUCAUGUACUUCUUUAGUGUGUUCCUGUGCUAUUUUAGUGAGCUACUGUGUAUUUGCUUCACUUUAUGCAAACCUAUUUCUCUGCUACAAAUUUAAUUGCUUCAUCCCCUCGUUUCCUUGUAAUACUGUGUAAUUGUUGAGGGUUCCUGAAGAUAACACUGUUUUGUGAAUCUAUGUUUGCACAUUAGUAGUUGGCAUUUACCACUGAUACCCUUCUUCCCUUUUUCCUGCAGGAGAUAGUAUUUGACAUCAACUGAAGCGUAACAGUGUGCUGGACAGUUCUCCCCCUUCCUGUGUUUUCAGAAUUCAUUCCUGACCCAGUAAAGGCCCAAGUGACACAAGCUGCUGCUUGUGGGUUCAAGCUGAGAGGGCUGCCAGUGGCACCAUAGCUUUUAAAAAUCUUACACAGGACAUACUGCAGUUAGUAGUGAAAACUGACAUGGGUGAAAGUGUAGGAGGGAAAAGGGACACCAAAUGGUAAGUUGCUUGUGUGGAAAAAUGUUCUUGAACCGGUCCUGUUCAUUCUAUUACCGAAACUGCAAACACUCAUUGCUGGCAGCUUAAUACAACUGCACAAUUUUAAUACGUCAAGCCAGCAUUGCUUACAAUCUAUCAUUUUUUAAGUUUAUAUUGGGUACUGUAUUAAGUUUUCAUUGUUUGCAAAGUGACUGUCCCUUCGCAGAUGGCAAAGCUUGUUCAACACUGUCAGUUGAACAGAAGAGGACAAUUGAACACUAUAAAUUAGAAAGGGUCUAAGCGCCAAAAAUAACGAACUGAUAAAGGUUGAUAAACAUAUUUUAUUUCAAUAGAAGAUUAGUCAAUAGAAAAUGGAAUAUAUUUUGUGACAGACAAUUUGUAUGAAUGUGUUAUGGAAGAAAAUAAUCAAGAAAAUUCACUGUUCCAAUAGAAAAAUCUAUUUGAAAAGGGGUAUAUGUACCAUUUUGACUAACAUAUACAAAGGCCUUAUCUCCAAACACCCUUGCAAUCAUUGUCCAUAUUUACAGCAAGAUAAGGACGUUUCGCCCUAAUAGACGUUAUUAAUAUUUCUAGAUCGUGUGGUGCAGACAUCUUAAUGACAUGCUUCCUCUUCUCAAUUAUAGCAAAGUCACGGUUGCAAGAAAGAAACAAAAGACUGUUAUCAACAAACUUAUGACUGAUUUUAUUCAAGCAACCUUUUGCAGAAGAGUAAUAACCAUCAUCUUACUUUUGUUUUGUACGAUACAAUUAUCAGUCUAAAUUACCAGCUUUCUCUUAUUGGAGGUAAGAAGGGAAAUAGCUUUUAGCAUUGAGGAAUUAAUUUCCUUGUCACCACAUCCAGUAACUCUCUUAUUUCAAAGACACAUGUAUGCAUAUUCAGUGUCACAGAGAUGAACACACCAUGUUCAGUAUCACUAACAUGAAUACAAAUACUGAAACAGGACAGUUGACAGUAGCAGAGCAUCUCAAAAUGUGUCAGUAAAGGGAUAUAAAAUACCUUCUGUAAAUUGGCUGUGAUCACACGUGUACCAGUACUAGGUGUCUGUGACAAAAUUCUAUCUUCAUGUAAUGCAGUCAUUCCCUUUUCUGGUGACACUCAAGGGCUGCUUUGUGUUGGGUGUUGCUUGGGUCACACUUAAAAUUUGGCAUGCAGUAAGUCACAAGUACUAAAAGUAUCCAGUCUGAUCAGUCCAAAUGUCAAAUUAGGAAAAUUCUUGAAUGUGUGAGCAUAUUAUUGUAAUUUUCAUACCUGAGUAUUGGACAGUAAAAUAUUUAAAUAGCCUCGAGUCAUUCAAAUCUGGACUUAAUCACUGAUUGCUCUCUAUUUUAAUGAUUUUCUUUUACAGGAAAAGAUUUGAUGUGUUCACAUAUUUGCUUCCUCACUUCCUGUGAAUACAUUCUUGGUGCACUGUGUUGUCCCCUGUUAUCAACAUAAAUGUAUUCUCCUUUUUAUCUUGCAAGACUUAGAUAUGUUGUGAUGCAGUAAAAAAAAAAAAAAAACUAAAAAAUUUUACGAUGGACUUGUACAUGACUAUCGUUACCAUCUGGAACAGUGUAGUAGCUUGUAUUCGUAGGAGAUUUUCUGUGGGACAUCGUCAUAUUUUCCAUGCCAUCUUCUCUUUACAACACCUAGCUGCAUAUGACCAAGAAGAAAUGUUUUCUGUUGCUCCAAUGUGCAUUUGUAGAAAUCCAAAAACAAUUGUUGGUUGAAUUCGUCUGACAAAGCAUAACAUUCUUCGUUACACUUGUAGUAGUAGUAGUAGUGUUGUUGUUGUUACCUGAUUGCAAGAUUGAAAAUACAGAUGUAGGUUAUGGUAGAGGUAUAAAUAUAACUUUCACUUACAUGAGCUUUUGAAGGCUGUUUUGCUGGCACAUCUUUCUGUCUGGAGUUUUUGUAGGUUUGUCCACUGUUCCUUAGUCUCUUCCUUUCCCUGGAAACACUUUCAGAACAUCUCUUUCUCCUUUUUAGAAUGUUAACAUCACCACUGGAAGACAUUUUGUACUACAUGCAGUAAACACAGUGCUACAAGCUGGUGAGAACAAGCAGGGGUUGAACCCUUACUUGCUAACUGUACCACUGGAGAUACAGCACCUGCCAUAUUCUGAGGACAUUAAAAACUGUACAAAAAACAUUGAAGCCAUAAACCCUUUAUAAAAGUAUCCUGCAUGAAACAUUGAUCUUUUUAAACCACCUAACUUGCAUUUGCUUGCUUUGACAUAUAGACCCUUUCUAUUCAAUUGUCAAUUGGUGAAAUUGAUUCCAAACCAAAGAAAACUGUACCAUUAAGUGCAAUGACAUUUUUGUUAAGUGGAUUACAAUAUAAAUUGCAAAUAUAGCAGUGUUUUUAAAAUAUUGAUUCUUCUGUACUUACAUACAUCUUUAAUUUUUUAUAUGCAGUUAUGUAAGGCUGUAUUUUCAAGACAGUUGUCAGUUUAAGUGUAACUCCAUCAAGAAUACUGUCAUAUGUCAUUAGCAGAUCUAUUUAGCCAUCUGGAAACUAAUUUGUUAAACUAACCAGUGGCAUAACUUCCUGCCAGAUCUUUGUCUCCACUUAGGACCAUUACUUUCACAAAGCAAUUUCAUGUUCAUAUUGUACAGUGUUGUAUAGAAAAAUAUUAAAAGAUAAGUGUGUAAUUUUCAGAAAACAUCAACAUGAAUAUGCUUGCUUACAGAGUAAGAUGUGUACAUUGAAAACUAAAUGUGUGUAAUUUCAUCAGAAAUGCCAUUCAUUGAAACAUUUAAUCAAAAGAACAUUUUUAUGGCGAAGGAAACUCUUUACAACAUUACAGUUAGCUACUAAUGUAACUUGACUGUUUGAAAGAGUUAAACAGAUUAAAUGUAGACUCAUAGGUUCUAUUUAUUUUUGCAUAUGUGAUAGAAAAAUUUAUCUGUUGUUGCUGUGCUGCUACUUUGAUUAAAACUGAUGUCAUGAUGGUCUAUAUUUGUGUAUACUGUUUCUCCCUAGAGGCUCAACAUGUACAGGGAAUUAAUGUCAGAUCCGUAGAAAUAGGAAAAAUUAUCAAAUGAUGUGUGAGAAAGUGGGAAAAGCAGCUGAAGUGCCACCUUAAUAAUAAUUAUUAAAAAGACACUUGCGAGAGUAUCUUUGCUUCCGACUGUAUGUUAUCUAUGUCAAAAAUUUAAAAUUGGUGUGUAAUGUAAGAUAAACUGUGAUUCUGAACAUGAGAAAAAUGUAACUUGGACUAUAAAAGUGUGUUCAUUUGCACUAUUACCAAACAUGAAAUGUGCCUUGUGAGUCCUAAUAAAUAGUUAUCAGCUCAUGA